UGUUGACAGCAUGGUUUUCAAUUGAAUAAAAACAGGUUAAAAAUUGUAUUAACGUUUCAGCGAGAAAACAAGGAUUGACACGAGUUUGGUAUGGUUCGUAGAUAUUAUAGACAUGGAUAUUUACCAAUACGUGAGGAUGAUUGUUCAUACGUUUGGCAAAUUCCCGCUGAAAAACGUUGUGAAUGGGUUAUAAAAACUGAAGACUGUAACACUGAUUCCGUCAUUCAAUAUACGGAAGUCCUAUUUUGUACUUUCAGAUCGGAGAAUACAUUUUUGUUCAGCCUUGGAUUGAUAUUCUUAAUACUAUGGCUUUUAUAUCUGUUUCUGAUGUUAGGGAGCACUGCAGACGAUUUCUUUUGCCCGUCACUGGCGGUGAUAGCCAGUAUAAUGCAGCUAUCGGACAGUAUAGCCGGGGUGACGAUAUUGGCAUUCGGAAACGGUGCACCUGACAUCUUCACGUCUCUCGUAUCGGCUAGCGAAGAGGGGAUAAUAAUGUUUACAGAGUUAAUUGGCGCCGGUGUCUUUGUUACGACAAUGAUCGCUGGAUCGAUCGCCGUGGUCAAACCCUUUCGAGUCCCCUUGAAACUCCUUAUGAGGGAUGCUUGUUUUUAUAUGAUGUCGAUAUGUUGGAUCAGCUACGUCGUGAAUGAUGAAAUUGUUUACAUUUGGGAAGCUGUCAGCCUUAUUUUAUGCUACGGACUGUUCAUCGCGACGGUGAUAUUAAUGCAGAUGCACGAAACCCGCGAAGAGAAGCUGAAAACUAGAAUCCCAAAUGUGUCAGAUCCAAAUAUUCUGCGCACUUACUUGGCGAACAAGGACAUUGCCAGUAUUCCAAGGAUUUCCACGAGGAAACGUGCUUUUGGUUUGCGAACAAAGCUCGAUGUUGCAGUUGCAACCGAAUUACAAAGUGAACAAAUUCGUGGAAAUCUGUCGUUACCAGAGGAACCUGAAGAGAUAGAAGACCCAAACAGACCAAAGGGUCUUUUCAAAGAAUUUCUAUACGAUAUCAAUCCAAUAAGCAAGGAUGAUUGGACGAGCGCUAACUGGGUCUUUAAAAUCAUUUUAAUUAUACGAUCACCUGUCAUGCUGCUACUUCAAUUAUUUAUCCCGCUUGUGAACACCACUGCGACGAUGAGGGGCUGGUCCAAGCUGCUAAAUUGCUUCCAGCUGUGUAUGACACCGACCUUUGCGUUGUUUCUAUUAAACGUUUGGCACACACAUUUUGGCCCCGUUUCAAUUAUCCCGAUAUUCCUCGGUACCGGCACUGUAAUUGGCGUAAUUGUAUUUCUAACGACCGACAAGGAUCGCAUACCAAAGUAUCAUAACGUUUUUGCAUUUCUCGGCUUCUUGACUGCCAUGAUGAUGGUUUAUUUGAUAGCUGGCGAAGUGGUGGCUGUUCUUCAAUGUGUAGGAUACGCUUUUAGUAUAUCGGAUGCCAUGUUAGGUAUUACACUUCUUGCAUGGGGUAACAGUGUAGGAGAUAUGAUAUCAAAUCUCGCCAUAGCUAAACGAGGAUUUCCUCGGAUGGGAUACGCAGCUUGUUUCGGUGGUCCAAUGUUCAAUACACUAUUGGGAUUGGGUCUAACAUAUGGAAGAGCUGCCGUUAAUUAUCCAAACUUAUACACAAAAAUGAGAAUGAGCGACAUGGCACCUGGUUGCAUAGCUUUCCUUCUAUGUUCAUUAUUAGUAACUAUUAUUUAUUUAAAUAUUACUGGAGCUAUCGCACGAAGAUCAUAUGGUUAUACAUUGUAUUGUAUUUAUUUCUCGUUUAUGAUGAUUCAAUUUCUUAGUGAAUUUAAAGUGAUUCAUCCUCUCGGUACUGAUCAUCGUCCGACAGAAGAUUGAAUUCAAUUUUUUGAAAGAUGAAAGACUAAAUAUAAUUCGUUUCCACAUUAAUAACGUGAUUUUAAUGAUUUGGAUUUGUAUUGUAUAAUUUAUAAUGGUUCAUGUCAGUUCAGAGAACGAGAUUUAAACCAACAAUAAAUACCACAAAUAAUAAUGUAAUUCAAAUAUGUCAACAUUUUUCAUAUUUCUUACGAAAAUGAGCUUCAUUUAUUCCUAGUGAGCGAAUAACCUUAUUUUCCUUGUACGUAGAAAUACUCAUUGUCAGAAAAAAGCUCUCUCUACCUUGCCUCUUAUUGUUACCUUACCAUGUACAUUGAAUACAGUGGAAUUCCUAUUAUCCGAAAUAAUAAAGAAGCAUGACUGUUCGAAUAAUGGAUUUUCCGAAUAAUACAACACUCUUUUUCCCAACGUCGCUUGUUAUAUAAAAUUUUAGAAUAAGGUACUU